AGAAUUUCGGGAGAUCUGGUCAAUUGAUUAAUUGAAAUCAAGCAAGGGUGCGCGGAUUUUGUCCUUCAUUCAUUCAAAGAAACAAAAAGAAACAAACCGAUACUCAGUCUGAUCCCCUACUUAUCUACUCUUCCAAGAGUAUCCUUCUCUAAGCAACUUGACAGCAAGAGACGAGGCGAUCUGUCCCUUCUCAACGAGCUUCCCUAUUUCAACUCGCUUCCUCCACUCGCUCAACCGGCUCCUCCCCGACGAACACAACCUCCAAUUCCACUCCCUCUUCCAAGACCAUUCGAAACCCCGUAUUUCACUACUAUUCUCUCUUUCUCUUUCUCUCUCUACUCAGCCCCCGUUGCCUCUUUGACACCAGACUUAUACAAUGGCGCAAACACCCCAACAACGACGCGCCAACGCCAAGUUCGCCAAGGAGCAGGACGCCCGCCGCGGCAAGUCCAGCGAGGAGAUCAAGAAGAGGAACAAGGAGGUCACAAAGUCGCCCAUCUCCCCCGUUUGGCUCGGUGUCCUUGCGUUCGUCGUCUUCGGUGGCAUAGUGUUCGAGGUUCUCUCCCGCAUCUUCUUCGGCAGCCGGUGAGCGAGACUUGUUGAUACCAGGGGAGAAGGCAGUACCGGUGUGGCGUGAUGGGGUGGAAAGGAGUUUAUAUCGUGUGCGGAUGAAAGAAUAGGUGCUUGUAUGCAUUGUGCUGGUGGACGUACGCGGGCACACUGUGGGUGUUUUGUCUGUCGAGGCUCCGACGGGGUCAAACUUUUCUUAAAAAUCUGGGGGCAGCUGGGCGCGAACAACGCUGGCUGGGCGCAUGGGAUGAUUCGACGGAGUUUACAUAUGAUCGCUAUCACAAAUGCACUGCUUCUGUGCUAGGCGACGAAAAAGAAGAAUCUGCGGGGGGCAUACAUAGCCAAGGGGCAAAGAGCGAACCAGGACAUGUUCAAGC